AUGGCUGCUCAGGAAAUAUUGCGCCCAUCGAACGUCUCGGGUUUCCUGGCUAUUGCCUGGCAGAUGCAAGCAACGGACUGGUGCGAUACUCAGCCUCACAUGAUAUCAGAGCCCUAUGCUGAUGGCAGACAGAGAGGAACGGACUAUGUGAGCAGCUGGCCCAGUGGAAUUCACGUCGGAGCUAGCUGGAAUAAGGACUUAACGAGAAAUCGAGGAGCUCAUAUGGGCGCCGAGUUCCGCAGAAAGGGUGUCAACCUCUUACUAGGGCCCGUCGUUGGACCUCUUGGUCGCGUUGUCGAGGGCGGUCGAAACUGGGAAGGAUUCUCAACUGAUCCGUAUCUGACUGGAGCGCUUGCUUAUGAAACUGUUGUUGGCGUGCAGUCUUCAGGAGUCGGGGCCUCUACGAAACAUUUCAUUGCGAACGAGCAAGAGACAAACCGGAACCCGGAAACGAAUCACCUGCACCAAGAUAUCGCGGCUGUCUCUUCAAAUAUUGACGACAAAACCAUGCACGAGCUUUAUCUCUGGCCAUUUCAAGAUGCUGUCUUAGCUGGCAGUGUAUCGAUCAUGUGCUCUUAUCAGCGAAUCAAUAACUCAUACGGUUGUCAGAACAGCAAGACCCUCAACGGGCUGCUCAAGAUAGAGCUUGGGUUUCAAGGGUACGUUGUCACAGACUGGGGUGCGCAACAUGCUGGGAUUGCUGCGGCCAAUGCCGGUUUGGACAUGAUGAUGCCGGCGACCGAGACUUGGGGUGGUAACUUGACAAUCGCGAUCAACAAUGGAUCGAUGGAGGCCUCCAGGUUAGAUGAUAUGGCAACCCGCAUAAUGGCCACAUGGUUCCAGCUCGAUCAAGCCAAAAAUAUCCCACACCCAGGGAUCGGCAUGCCAGCUGAUGUCAACGCACCACACCAGAAGGUGAUGGGGAAGAAUGCAGAGUCGAGGGACACCUUGCUUCAAGGAGCUAUUGAAGGUCAUGUACUUGUUAAAAACACAAACUCGACACUACCACUGAAAACGCCUGACCUGAUUUCUGUGUUUGGAUACGACGCCUCGGGACCUGAUCUCCUAGGUGUUGCAAUUCCACCUACCUCGGGCACUGCCAUGGUACAAAACAGCACGUUGUACGUCGGCGGAGGCUCGGGCACCAACUCAGCUGCAUACCUAGACAGCCCAAUUGAUGCAAUUCAACGCCAGGCCUACUCAGAUGGCAGCUCUGUUUUGUGGAACUUCUAUUCUCAGAAUCCCGAUAUCAACCCCACAUCUGACGUUUGUUUGGUCUUCGUCAACAGCUACGCAAGCGAGGGCUCUGAUCGGCCCGGACUCAGCGACGAUUACACCGAUACCUUGAUAACGAACGUGGCUAGCAAGUGUUCCAACACAGUGGUUGUCAUCCACAAUGCAGGUGUCCGCAUUGUCGAAAACUGGAUAGAAAACGAGAACGUUACGGCAGUGAUACUGGCACAUUUGCCUGGUCAAGAUUCAGGUCGUGCUGUGGUCGAUCUCUUAUAUGGCCGAGCCAACCCAUCCGGUAAACUACCAUACACAGUCGCCAAGAAUUCGAAAGACUACGGAGAUUUAUUGCAUUCGUCUAAGUCCGAUGGCAAAUACUGGCGCUUUCCACAGUCUGACUUCACUGAGAGUCAAUUUAUUGACUACCGCGCAUUUGACUUGAAAAACAUUACACCUCGCUUUGAAUUUGGUUUCGGCAUGUCCUACACAACUUUCAACUACACGGGUCUGCAGGUGCAGAAAACAAACCAAGCUUUCUCUAUUUAUCCCCCUGCGGAGCCUAUUGUGGAGGGAGGUAACCCGCAUCUGUGGGAUCACUUGUUUGAAGUCUCUACUUCCGUGCACAAUUCGGGCUUGGUGGACGGAGCUGAGGUGGCACAACUGUACGUUGGCAUUCCCAAUGGUCCUAUUCGCCAGCUGCGAGGGUUCGAAAAGGUCUUCUUGUCCAGUAGAAGUACUGCAGAGGUUACAUUCUCGUUGACACGCAGAGACCUGAGUAGUUGGGAUGUCAACGCCCAGCAAUGGGCUCUUCAGCGUGGUGAAUAUCACAUUUGGAUUGGCCAUUCGAGUCGAAACUUGCCAAUACACGCCUCGCUGACGAUCUAA